GACCCGCCAUCGAAGAUCGAGCCCUUCGAGAUCCGCUUCAAGGAUGGAACUGUGCCAAUCCGCUGCCGACCUCGCACAUACGCUCCAGCAGAGCGUGAAUGGAUGAAGCAGUUUAAUGAGUCACUCGUUGCUCUGGGUUGGGUGUAUCGAAACGAAGCCAGCCGCUGGGCCAGCCCUGCACGUCCAGUCAAGAAGCCUGGGAUAGCUGGAGAACUACGGCAGGCUGUGGAUUUCCGAUGCACAAAUGAGCGGAUCCUGCCACUGGCUGGUUCGAUGCCGAGCCUGAGUACUCGACUGCAGCACGCCAAGAACAAAAAGCACAAGCAGACUGUUAAUUUUAUCAAGAGCUUUUGGCAGAUGGCCCUUGCAGUGGCCAGCCAAGAA